GCGCGCGGGGCCGGGGCCGGGAGCGGCGCGCCCGCGUCGCAGGAGCUCAACAACAGCCGGCCCGCCCGCCAGGUGCGCCGCCUCGAGUUCAACCAGGCCAUGGACGACUUCAAGACCAUGUUCCCCAACAUGGAUUACGACAUCAUCGAGUGCGUGCUGCGCGCCAACAGCGGCGCCGUGGACGCCACCAUCGACCAGCUGCUGCAGAUGAACCUGGAGGGCGGUGGCGGCGGCGUCUAUGAGGACAGCUCCGACUCGGAGGACAGCAUCCCCCCGGAGAUCUUGGAGAGGACUUUGGAACCCGAUAGCUCUGAUGAAGAGCCCCCGCCGGUGUAUUCGCCCCCCGCCUACCACAUGCACAUGUUCGACAGGCCUUACCCACUGGCUCCUCCCACCCCACCUCCCCGCAUCGAUGUGCUGGGCUCCGGACCCGCUUCGAGCCAGAGGCGUUAUCGUAACUGGAACCCACCACUGCUGGGUAACCUCCCCGAUGACUUUCUCCGCAUCCUGCCGCAGCAGCUGGACAGCUUACAGGGUAACGCUGGGGGCUCCAAGCCCACGAGCGGGGAGAGAAGCUCACCCCCCGUGGCCUGGCCCGGGGCCCGGGACCAGGAGAACCGCUGGAAGCAGUACCUCGAGGACGAGAGGAUCGCGCUCUUCCUGCAGAAUGAGGAGUUCAUGAAGGAGCUGCAGCGCAACCGGGACUUCCUCCUGGCCCUGGAGAGAGAUCGUUUGAAAUACGAGUCCCAGAAAUCCAAAUCCAACAGCAGCAGCAGCAGCAACAGCAACAGCGUGGCUGUGGGAAAUGACUUGGGCUUUCCCUCUCCUGCCCCAGGAACCAGUGACGCUAAUCCUGCUGUGUCUGAAGAUGCCUUAUUCAGGGACAAGUUAAAACACAUGGGAAAAUCCACCCGGAGGAAGCUGUUCGAGCUGGCCAGGGCCUUCUCCGAGAAGACCAGGAUGAGGAAGUCAAAGAGGAAACACUUGUCCAAGCAUCAGUCGUUGGGAGCUGCGGUGUCCACGGCUAAUCUGCUGGACGAUGUGGAGGGUCACACUUGUGAUGAAGACUUCCGGGGAAGGCGUCAGGAGGUGCCCAAGAUGGAGGAAGCCCUACGGGAAGGACAGUAAGCGAUGCCAGCAGUCCUCCUCACCGGCGAUGAGCUGACCUGGCGGAGGCAGCUGGAGAGCAACACCGGCCCCCAGCUGAAGGGCCCAGCCGCAGCCGGACAGAUGGUGCUUGUGUACUGAGGCCUCCCGAUUCUCUGGCCCAGCCACUGCCACUGCCACUGCCACUGCCACGUUCAUGGGACUUAGAACUUUGGAGUUUUGUGCUGCGAUUGGAGGAAGGACCUGGGGACCCCUAGCCCCUUUUGUAGCCAGGCUGUUCUAGGGGCAAUGAGCCAAAAUGCAGGAACCACCACCAACUUACCACCACCCCCAUUUUCUUAAAAAAAAAAAAUCCCAGAAAUAGGCAAGGGUUGGCAUGCCCAAGAGGGCAGGAUGGUGAAGCCCCUGCCUCCUGCCUUUCUCCAUCUCUCCUUCUGGGCCACAGACACUGCCUACCCGCCCCCCCAUCCCCAGCUCCCUCCUGGACACUUUGGACCCUUUUUUCCCAUGACUUCCUGCAUCCCAGCCUUUCCCCCAGGGCUGCUAAUCCUUGGUGCCACCCCUGCACAGAGCUGUGGGUUGGAGAGCCCUGGGCAGUCACUCAGGCUCCCUCAGAGUUCAGGGUCACCGCAGAGGUAUCUACUGACUGCCCCUCCGGCUGCCUCUGUUUGGGGUUGGUGUGGGCCCCCAGCAGGGAUGGGGAAAGUGGCCCCCCCGGAGCUGGAGGACUCUGGCCAGGCAGGAGGAUUCUUUACUGUGGCAGAAGACAAAAGCCAGUUCUGGAUGGGAACUGGGGAGGGGGUGCUCCGGAGUAGCGGGGGGGCAGGCUCUGAGCAGAAGUCCUGCUGUCACUACAGGUGGGUAGCAGUAGCUUCUCAAGUGAUCCUUGAGAAAGUGCAGGACUGAGGAGCAACAGGAUGGGGGCUACCAGCCUGGUUGGGGGCGCCUGGGGCAGAAGGGCUUGCUGGGCGACUCUUGCCAAGAACAAGAAGGUGAUUGAUCCAAGGAGGCACACUCUGGUUCUACGAACCUUACCGGGCCAGCAGGAGAGCCCGGGGCCAGCAGGAGAGCCCGGGGCCAGCCUUCAAGACGGGAACGCGCUGACCACUCCGGAAAACCGGAAAGCCUGGGCAGGAACGGGCUUCCCUGGGGGGCCCGCCCUCCCCCACCCCAGCAGUGGGGAACCAGCCCAGACCAUUUGCGCUGGGUGGGGAGGAUGGGAGUGGGAGGCAAGCCUUGGCCGGGCCCUAGUGGCCGCAAGUCACCCCUAGAUAAUGAGGGCUUGACGGGCGCGAUGAUCGCACCCAGCUUUCCCGCGAGCUCCGAAGAGGCGGCCCCAGGGGAGUGGGGGUGGGGGUCGGGACGUGAACUGCCGCUGCAGAGCCUGACCAAGUUUGGCACCCGCGCGGGGCCCGGGGCGCUGGCGCGGGGGCCGCCCGCCCUCUGCUGCUCCCCGCGACCCGCCUGUGGACCCCCCCCCCCAGGAGCCCCUGGGCUGCCAGCCCAGGCUCCAGACCGCCUGGGUCUGGGGCCAGAGGAGGGGCCUUUGGGAGUGUGGCCUUGACCCCUCCCGGCGCAUGGGUAGGAAGCCCCAGCCCCAAGUCUGUGUGUGUUGCUUUGUUAGUUGUUUUUUCUCCUAUGUGUGGGUUUUUUCUUGGAGCUGUUUCAUAGGAAUUCCUGUAAUAAAGACUUGGUGUUCUUUUGGUGCUCUGA